CGUAUGGAAAAAAACGAGCAGGAGAGGAUUAAGAAUAAAUUGCAUUUACAAUAUGGAUGAGGGCAACCAAGUCUCCGUAGAUGCAAUAUGUCGCACUUGUUUAUCAACAUUGCAAAAGAUUGAAGCCCACAAUCUGUUCGUGAUUCCUGGCCUGGCUAAGAAGUUCUGUGUGUGCACUUCGCUCUCGGUGGAGCAACAGGAUGGUUUUCCAAAAUGCAUUUGUACAAAUUGCUACAACCGGCUAAACGAUUUGCAUAAUUUUCAGAAACAAUGCGUAGAGUCCAUUGCCAAAUUAAUUGAUAUGUUGGGCAAUAAUCAUUGCACUGUCCAAGCUAUGAACGUGGACAACAUUGAUGUAAUUAAUGUUGCGCUACAGGAUAAGGACAUUGAGGUGCCACAAGAUAUUGACGUACCCAUCGAGGAUGAAGAACGCAUUAACUUUGAUCCACUACUUAAUACCAAAAUAGAGAUAAUUGAUAAUGAGGACGAGGUUUUCAAAAUGAUAGAAAAUGUUGACAAAGAAGCGAAUGGGCAUCAGCAGGAGAAGGACCUCUUCAGUGAAAGCGAACAUAAAUACAAUGAUGAUGUGGAUGUAGGGAAUAAUAGCGAUUCCGAUGAUGCCAUGCCUCUGUCGCGUUUACGCAGUACUUCUCGUGUUUUGGAAACAAAGAUUAAGAAUACGAAUAUUGCUGCAUUUUAUAAUAAUUCAUCUAGCUCUGAAGUAGAUACAGAUAAAGUAAACUUAUCCAAACGGAAAGUAAAUACCAAGCGUAUUCCUGCGGCUAAGCGCGAACUUCAUAUCGAUUGUCAUAUUUGCCAUCAGCAAUUCAGGAAUGAAAUUCGCUACGAGGAGCAUAUGAAACAUCACAACGAUCUCUUGCCUUUCCAAUGCACUGUGGAAACAUGCAAGAAAGGUUUUACAACUGCCGCAGGGCUUCGACACCAUAUUGAUCAUGCUCAUCGGGAACUCUGCGAGCUUCACGCCUGCACCGUAGAGGGAUGCGACCAAUCUUUUCCUCGAACGCGAAUGCUCACACAUCACCUGAAAAAGGUUCACAACAUAUGCAAACCUGAGAACCCCGUUCAUCCGUGCUCGGAUUGUGAUAAGGUCUUUCGUUGUCCAACAGCGCUCAAAAAACACAUGUAUAAGCAUACAGGCGAGGAGCUGCCCAUUUCCUGUAACAUCUGCAACAAACGAUUCCACAUAAACAGCGAACUCAGAGACCAUCUACUACGACAUGCCGGCGUUAAGAACCACGUUUGCCCUUACUGUGGCGUGGGAAAGACAACUCGACAGGAGUGGAACAAGCACAUAUUGACGCAUACCAAGGAAAAACAGUUCCAGUGUCGCCAAUGUGAUCACGCCUCCCACAAUAAACAAGCUCUAGCCAAUCAUGUUAAGGUAGUCCACAUGAAGAUCAAGAACUUUGCUUGUCAGUACUGCGGCAAGACUUUUGGCAAAAUGCACGCCUGUAAGGUUCACGAAAGACUCCACACCGGCGAGAAUUGCUGUGAGUGCAAGAUCUGUGGAAAAAUCUUUCUUUUUGAAAAGAGACUGACCAAGCAUCUGCAGAUCCAUGAAAAGCGUGAAAUCAAGGCAUCUAAUGAAAGAACCCAAGUCGAUGAGGCUGAUCGCAAUGAAUUAAAUUUAAACCAGGAGUCUACAGCACCGGCAGAUGCGAAAGCCGUGGAUGCAUCUGCCGCUAGGCCGAAAAAUUCACAUCGAGUUGAGCGGGUAGAUAUGUCUCAAUUAGCGGGUACCUCUGUCAAUCCAAUUACGUCUGUUUCUGUACCCUCCUGGUCGCCGCAGGUGAACUUCACUAAAAAGGAAGGCCAGCAUAUAUGCCCAGGCUGUGGGCGUGGAUUCAACCACAUUGGCAAUAUGAAACUCCACUAUAAGGUUGUUCAUGAUAAAAUCAAGGAUUUCGCCUGUCGCUAUUGUCCCAAGCGGUUUGGCAAAGCGCAAUAUCUUCGCCACCAUGAAUAUACGCAUACGGGUGAGAGGCCGUAUGGCUGCAAAUUGUGUGAUAAGCACUUUAGCCACGGAUCAUCACUGCGAAAGCACAUGAUUUCACACAACAGACCCCCGAAAACACCAAAGCCUCCGAAGGCCACAGCUCAAAAAAGAGAACAUCAGAGGCCAAAAAUCGAGCUAAACCAGCGUCAACCAAAGAACUAUGAGCAGUAUCAGGAUCCUGCCGCCGAACGGGCUGCAGCUACUGCGGAAUUAUUUGCUCAAAAGAUUGAGGAGAGCGAAGCCAAACGAAGGGCAGAAGACAAAACACGAAAGAUUCAAGAGGCUGCGUGCGAGCAGUUGCAGAAGCUGCAAAGGGAACAGCUGAUCGAAAAAGUGUCUUAUGACAGUUUUCAAGUAGAAAGCUCUGAGACUGGUAUAAGAGUGGGUGCUCUUAAAGCACAUCAGUUAUAAACCGUUAUGUUGUUU